CUUUGUGAGGCGGUGUACCCUCCCCUCCCGCAGACGGUCCAUCACUCUGCCAAGAGUAAGGGCGGCACAGAAUAAGAGCAAGUGUAUGUUUUUGUUCUUGGCCAGAAAGGCGUUCUCCUACCUCAGGAUGUUGCCUUUAAAGCCGAAGAAGUGGGUUUCCUCCAGAGGAAGUGAUUGCAGAACAGCCGAGGCUUUGGCCAGACACUGGCUUUCUCAAACACCGGCUGCUGUUAUCAACGUGCUGCACACUCCUGCCGACUGAAGAGGUGAGCGGGCUGAUGUUUGGUGGUUGAUUUCUUGAUGCACCUGCUGGUUCUCAUGCGCACCCUUUUGCUCAGCAGGAGUCUUUUUGACCGUGAGGAUUGUAUGACCUUUCAACACAUGGAUCUGUAAAUGUUCCAAAAAUGGAAAUCGAGGCUGGAUCCGGGAGACAACUCUUUGCUCUAAGUGAUGGCUACUCCUAAUACAAGUCUGUGCCAGCCGACAUCCGAGGCGUCUCCAGUGUCCCACGAGAGGCAUCUCACCAACAUGUCCAAUGUCACCUGCGGCCUACCGCUAAACACUGACACCUUUGGUCUGACUUGUAUUUAUGGAGUCAUCUUCUCCUUGGGUCUCCCUAGCAACCUGUUAUCUCUUUGGGGGCUGUACCACCUUGGACGCUCGGGUGGGGUAGGCUGUCAGCUGGUCUACAUCUUCAACCUGCUGGUGUCAGACCUCCUGCAACUGCUCACUCUCCCCGUCUGGAUUAUGUACCUCCAAGGGGGUCAUCGAUGGCCGUACGGACAGCUGACCUGCGAGCUGGUCGGCUAUGUCUUUUACGUCAACGUCUACGCCAGUGUCAUGUUCCUUUGUCUGAUCGCCACAGACCGCUGCCUGGCCAUCGUGUACCCGCUCAGCAGCCGCCGGAUGCGCACCAUCAGGGUGGCCGCCGUGUCGGGUGUAGCGGUGUGGACUCUGACCUUCCUGUUCUGCCUGAGCGGACUGUUGCCGUCGGUGUUUGACGCCGACCGGCGGCUGUGUCUGGAACAAUAUCCUGUCAGCGCUAAAUUUGCGUACUUCAAGAUCAUCACCGUGGUUCUAGGUUUCCUGCUGCCUUGUGCCAUUCUUGGUUACACCUCAGCGCACAUCGGAGUGACGCUCCGGCGCUCGCCGUCCCUGUCGGAUCACGAGCGACACAAGAUCGUGGGCAUCCUUGUGGUCAUAACGGUCAACUUCAUCGCCGUCUUCGGGCCGUACCACCUCAUGGGCGGCUACAGGUUCGUGUCCCUGCUGUGGACUGAGGCGCCGUGCGAGUUCGAGCACUCCAUCUUCCUCAUCUACCGCCUCUGCUACGGCCUGACCAGCCUCAACACCCUGCUGGACCCCCUCUUCUACAUCUUCCUGUGCCCCGACGCCCGUCUGGAGCUACAGAAGUCCCUGCCCUGUUUGGGGAGGGGCCAAAGCGACAAGAGCGAGACCACCACCGUGAGCAGAUAUCGCCUCAAAGCCCACGGCCAGACUGAAACCGGCAGCUUUCAAGCCAUUUGAACAGGGUUGGACCAUAGACCCCAGGGACUCAUGCAGAGCAACAGCACCCCCUAGUGGUUCAGUACAUGUAAUACCUUAAUUCCAUACAUGGAGUUUCACAUCAGUUUUGACAGAAAUAUAUAUAUAUUUGUUUAUUGAACUAUAUUUAAAUGUGAACUGUCCUCACUUUUAAAAUAAAAACAAGUGUGAAACACAAACACUAGAAAUUUUGUUUUUUAAUUAUAUCUGGAAACAUUCAGUCACACUUUUAGAAGAAAACCCACAAACUGAUAAGGAUUUAGACAUAGGCGACGACACAUCCACCACCGGUUCAUCUAUCUAGACACCAUGCAGCUUCUGCACAGAAUAAUCUGAAAUCUCUGAGAACUCUCAGCAACAUCGCGUGCAUGUGUCACCUGAAGCCCAUUUUUACAAAGAAAAGAACAAAAACAACAAGUUUGUUAUCAGCAGUUACACUUUCUCAUAAGUCACAAAACACAAUAGAAUCAGCUAAAAAUGAAAACUUGUUUUUCAGUCAUUUAGAACAUAAUUAUUCAUUGUAGAAAUGUGAAGUAAAUUGUGAAAAAAUUACUUUAAAUGCAGUUUAAACUUCAAAUGAGUUGGGUCUCAUUUCUGUUUCAGAUGCAAAGCAAAAUAUUUCAAAAAAAGAUGGUUUGCACAUGUUCAUAAAGAAACUGCUCAUUUCCGUUCAUUCCUUUUUUGUCAGUGUAACCGAAUCGGUUUGAUGGUUUUCUUCCUAUGAAUUCUCUGUUGGAGGUUUUAGCUUUCAGUCGUCAUUUCAUUGGUCAAAUAAAGCAUUUUGUGUAGAAUUCACUGAUGUGUUUCAUUUGUGCGUCCUUUGACUUCCGGAUUGAAGCACUUCGGAAAACAAAUGCCUGUUGCAGUUCAUCAAGUCACCACUAGGCGGCUCGUGACAUAUCAACAACUGUGGAAUCAAGCUUUAAGUCUAGUUUAACAGUUAUAGAUU